CAAGCAAGUAGAUAUAGGUAUACGCAGAAACACCUGGGAAAGCCAUCCAGGAUUUGAAGAUUACAAACAUAGAUAAGGGAUGCAACAGUUUUCUGUCCGAAUCGCAUAGGCUUUCUUUCAUGACUGGGGUCUCGCUGCCAAACUUGUACUCGGAGCCCCGGCCGGCCUCCAGGAUCGGGAUGAAGGAGGAGGUGAUCGCCUUCACUGUGCUGCUGGUGGGGCACGCGGCGGCCGUGCUCGUGUUUGUCGGGGAAAUUUGGUUUGACAGACGGCAGAGAUAUCCUUUUGUUCAUUAAACGUACGUAAAGGGAGUGUGAUUUGAUUGUCAUCGAAAGCUAAUAUAUCCGUUUCGAAGAACUACUACGAAAUCUACGAAUCACUUUCAACGGUUGAACUUGUAACACGAUAAUAAGUAUACGAUUCGAAUUUCAAUAAUAUUAUAUCUGCAUCGGAUAUAGCAGAGUAAGGGUGAAGUCACAUCUACCAGAAUCGAGGCGCAUUUAAUGUAUGAGCAAUCUCUCACAACUAUGACUACGGAACCUUAAAAAUGAUGAUGUCGUUGAAGAAAUCUUGGCUGGUCAUCGGUGCAGACAACACAGGUGACAGUAUCUCCUUCGCAAAAAAAUAACGAUGUAUCAGAAAACUGCAAUAGC